CCGAUUUAAUUAAUUAUUAACAAGUUGAGUAACGUCAAACAGAGUAACUUUAAUUAAAAGCGGAUGAUAUUUGAAUUAUAAGUUGUGGUUGUUCAGGAUAGUAUGUUUGAAUGUGUGUCUGUAUGUCUGCCCACGUUACCUUGAAUAAGCGAUAAUACUUCAAAUGGAAUGUUUGUUUCAAUGUCAAAUACGCACAUAAUGUACAUUUUUCAAUUUUUUUACUGAAAAUAAGCAUUAUAAGCAACUUAAUCAAUACAAAUGACACUUCUAUUCUCGCAACUUUUUUAUAAUAAAUACAAAAAUUUAUUGGAAAUUUCUCGUUUUAAUUUUCCAAAAUUGCCGGGAAAAUGGCCGUUUACGUUGACCGAACAACAGCUAGAUGCCCGACGUAGAGGUUUAGAGCAAUAUUUGGAAAAAGUAUGUGCGGUGAGGGUUAUAGCCGAAUCGGAUAUCAUGCAAGACUUCCUUACAGAUCAAGACGAUGAGAGUAAUUGUAGCCCUGUUGACUUAAAAAUCCUUUUGCCAGAUAGAGAAGUGGUCACAGUAUCGUUAAAGAAGAAUUCAAAUGCCGAUGAAGUGUAUGCGGCAGUCGUUAGAAAAAUUAACAUGACUAGGAAAACAGCACUCUAUUUUUAUUUGUUUGAAAUAGUCGAAUAUAAUUUUGAACGCAAGUUACAACCCUCUGAGUACCCCCAUAAUUUAUACAUACAAAAUUACAGUACAGCGACAAGCACGUGUCUUUGUAUAAGAAAAUGGCUUUUCUCUUUGAGUCAAGAACUGUCUCUAAUGAACGAUACUCAAGCAACAUCGUACAUCUUCUGGCAGGUAUGUAACUUUUGAU